AUGUCUUCCUCAAGCUCUAAAAGAGUUCACCUGACAAAUGAAUGCUAUCAAGAGGUUUUCAAACACCUAUUAAAUGACAAAGACUCACUAUACUCUUGCUUGUUUGUCAGCCGGACCUUUUGCAAAUGGAUCGUACCUCUUUUGUGGAGUCACCCGUUUACUCUCUUACCAAUUAAGCAUUCAGAUAAAUUAAUACGCACCUAUGUUUCUUGUCUAAGUGAAAGAGAAAAGAGUUCUUUUAGGGAGUUCGAAUCUGUGGAAGGUUUUCAUAAUGCUAAGCGACCUUUAUUUGAUUAUGUGUCAUUACUAAGGGAAUUAGAUUAUUAUGGCUUUUAUACAGCUAUAAGUCAAUGGGCGCAAUUGGAUAUCUUGACGGAUUUCGUCAUCAACAAGCUCAUCCUUACAUUUGUAAGAAGGGGAAAACACAUUAGAUCAUUGAAUUGGUAUCAUAAUAAUGCACGUGUUGAACUGCCUAAUCUUCUAAAAUUUCCCGGAGAAACAUUGUCAAAAGUGAAAUAUCUUCGUUGCGGCGGCAGUUCUGCCGAAGAUAACACGUAUAGACAGUUAUUAAAGAUCUCCAAUGUUACUGAACUGGAAAUUCAAGAUUAUCGAAAGUCGAAUGAACGUAACUUGGCCGCCUUUAUCAGGUCACAAAAUAGCUUGAGACAUUUGACAUACCGUUCAAUUUAUGGCGGUACAUGGAGAUUGGUCGCAGCUCUGAGAUCACAAGCACAAAGUCUUAGAACAAUAAAAUUUAUGGAUGUAAGUUUUACUGAUGUUACAUUAAGAGGAUUGGUUGGGUGUAAUAAUUUGGAGGUGCUAGAGUUCUUUAGCUGCCAUGGAAUCGAUGUCGACAGAUUUUGGAAACCAAUUGUUGAAAAUUCAGAUUUCCGACUUAAAAAAUUAUCACUAGUACAAGUUUCAGUUCUGCCAGAGGCAAUUGAGAAAAUCAUUACCCAGGCCAACGAAAGGCUUGUGGAAGUGAUUGUUGAUCGAGAAGUGACAGACAGGAUUCCCCAAUUCAUUGAAAUAUUGACGGACCAUUGCCCAAAUAUUUCUUAUAUCAAAAUUUUCUUGCGAGGUGCGGAAAAAAUCAAACUAUUAUUUUCGCGCAUCACCUCCUCAAAACUUAAAAAGCUUGUCAUUCGCACGAAUGGUGUUGACGCCACCGAAAUUCUACCGUCGUUAUCCAAGCUCGUGCCAUUAUCCUUGCACCAACUUGAUAUGGACGUAAGGAUUUCACCAAAUUCACUGCAAUCAUUCUUAAAUAAUUGUGAAGCGCCUAUAAAAACUUUAAUUAUGACUUUUGGUCGCGUUGGAGACGAACAUAUGGAGGUUCUUAUGAAAUAUGCGCUAGAAAGGAAAAGUCUGAAAUCUUUUGGGUUCAUGUAUGAAUCAGGGUGGGGUGAAAUGAAGGUUUCAGAAGAGGUAGAAAAUAGAGCGAGGGAGAUCUUUGACCUUCCCAAUUUUUUUGACCCCAAUGACUUCUAUUUUCAUUAUUCCGAUAAUGAUGCCGACGAUUCAGGAUGGUAA